UCAUGGUGGACCUCGUCGACGAAUCUGGGACGGCUGCGAAGACACAGGCGUCGUUAUUCACGCUUCCAUCGAUGACUCGACUGCUGUUAGACACGGAGAUGGCACUGGUGAAACAUGCCGUCGCCGACGUGCAAGAGGAGACACUGCCGGACAAGAGUCAGCGACGGUUUACGCUUGCGCAGCAUUCCACGUUUGUCCAGCUGACUCGGGUUCUCGUGCAUGUGCGAACCACAGUGCAGACAUCCGAUAAACUUGCGAUGAACCUCCUUCAAUCGCUUGGACCCGUCUUGUCCCUCCAUGGCCCAUUCCCUGCAGUCCUAUCGAACGCCGCCACUCGCUGCCAACUGCUCUUUGCAUUUCUCUUUCACUGCCAUCCUCCCCGCGUCCUGGGCUACUUUUCCAUGCUCUUCUCUUCUCCCAACGACAAGCCAACGAUGCUCCGAGCCCUCGUGCAUGUACGUGACCUUGCAAUCCACACUGCCAAGGCCAUGGCGACAUCGCAUCUUCCGACUACUCCGUCCGUCCCCGUUCAAACGACAUUAUGGUUCGACCUGCUCUCUGCGGCCGUCGCACGGACUAAAGCGUACGCUGCCGCCGAUGAACUCGGUCGACGGGGCCCCACAAAGCUCAGCCUCGCGGCCGCCGACGCAGCUUUGGCUAUCGUUCAUGUGCUUGCCUUAACGAUAGUCUCGGAGGACAACGAUGCCGCCAUGAUAAGCCAUCUUCAGGCGUUGCUGGCCCAAGUUCUAGACGAACUUGCACACUGGUACAGCGGCAUUCGCCACCGCGCGCUGUUUGUGCUGGUGCUGCACUCGUUUCGCAGCAACACAUGCGACGUAUUGUCCAAGGCAUGGCGAUUCCACAUUCACCAGUCCAUCUUGCUGUUCCAGUCGACGUUUCCCCACUCCAAGCGCCUAGUUUCCCGCAUGCUGCGCCAACCACGACCGUCGUGGGCGGAACCGGCAGCGUUUGUGAGCAACCUCAUGUGUGCGCUGGGCCGAGUAAACGUUUCCCACAUGACCGCCGACACGCACCGUCACUUGCUUGCUAUCGCCGUCGAGGCCAUGCAAGAGGCGCCCUCUGCAUGUGUGGGCGUCGCUAUCUUCCGCCACGUGUUUUACCACCACUCGAAGUCCGCCCCGGACUUCGAUGCCCGUCGGCUGUGGGAGCUCCUGACUCCGCUAGUCAACUCCCUUAUAAACCCAUCGACAGCUUUGCAACGGACGGCCGACAUGGCAGAGAUCCUCGUCAUGACCCAGUACCCUCUUGAACGGAUGGUAACGGCGCUGGAAUGUGCCGACACACCCGAUCCCAUCAUCGUGACUCUGCUCCGGUUGUCCCAAUACAUGAUGGCAGUCCACCAACCGUCAGGGUCAGCGGCGCCGCCGACUUCGUCCGCUACGGCCUUGCAUAUGGCGAAGACCAUCACUCCGUCCGUGUUGAUGUUGUGCGACCAUCAUCCGUCCAUGUCUAUUCGCCGUCAAGCUGCCAGCCUGCUUCCAUCCCUGGAUGGGAACCUCACUGUAUCGCAUUAUUUGGGUCGGUUACCAUCGCCACAUGCACAUACCAUGUUGACACUGAUGGUUGCCACACCCGUCUCUUGCCAAGCGGCAGUGGCGUCUAUCUUGGCUGGGAUUCAAAACUUGGGGUACCCACAGGUUCAAUCAUCCUCCUCGUCCAUUCGAUCCCCCGCCGAUAUACUCGCUCCCUGUGCACCUCCAGCUACGACCGACGCAGCAGCACCAUACGCUCUGCAGGCUUGCCCACGAUGGCUGGCGCAGGUGCCGCCGUCCAAUCUACUUGGCGUCCUACACGAUGUCACGAGGGUGUUCUUUCGAAGUUCCCGGGACACUGUGUCGAUGGUUAUACUGCGGGAGUUGCUCAAGCAAUUUCCGCACGCGUUUGCUCAGAUUUUGCCGGUUGUGCUGGCCCAUCUUGAGACACACGUAGCUAUAGUAUACGAACCAACAAAUGCGCUACUGUUCUUCAAAUUACGCCCUCUCUUGGCGUUGCGCAUGGCCGCUGUGACGUGUUUUACAAACUUGGUUGACCCUGCCCCGAUCGUAAAGAUGCUCUUGACCCUAAUGUCCGAGGACCGCGAAAGCGAAGACAUUCGUAAACUUGCGGCGGAUAUAUUGGCCAAAUUACCUGUGACCACGACCGUGCCAAUGAUUCGGCACCACUUGCGAUCGUUUCUACAGUCUCUACCACCUCCCUCUGCCACGUCAUCACAGAACCUGCCGCGUCUCGAUGCCCCGUCGUCUGCCCAAACGACCACGUUGAUGGUGUACUGCCUCAGUAUGUUGGUAGUUAACCACGUCGAGUCGUCGCAGGAUUGGCUCUCCACUGUGCUGGAGCUGGUGCUCGAGAUAUGGGGGACGGAGGAUGUCACUGCAACGUCGUCUUCCAGUGACGGGAUGUCACUAUUGUACAGAGUGCAGCGAGGGGGUAUUGAGUGCAUGACGGUGUUGCUGCACCAUGCGACGACGCAUCGUCCGUCGACACGCGCCCCUGUACGACGAAUUAAACGUCGAUGUUACAUCUAUUGACGUUGUUUUUGCACAUUUGUGACGGUUUUUUCUACACUAUUUUGCGUUUUCGUCAAAAUUUUGGAGCUUUUUGAGUAAAUGUGGUGGUUAGACGUAUGCAGAGUGGGUGGAAUGCUGGCUAGAAGCUGCCUUUCGUGGCCGCUUCGCCAUGCUGAACGGCCAUGCGCUGGAGAUGCCACCGCGCCUGUGCUGCUGCAAUGUCUUGCUCAAUUGCAUCCCGCGCUUGGACAUGAACGCGUUGGCAACUUUAGUGACCUACGCCCUGCCCUACAUCCACGACUGCCUUGUGGACCAGACGCCGCCCAUCUCUAUGCUACUCCUGUCGGCAUGUCUAAAGGUACGCGCUACUUCGUCUACUAGUAGAUGGACGUAUCACCCUGGACGGACCAUACCAUCUAGCUCCUCAUGACGUUGAUCAAACAUCGUGGGUUGCAAGCGACACAAUUCCAACACGUUCCAAGUGUCGCUAACGUGGUUCUCGCAACUACUCGGUUGGUGGCAUCUGCUUCCGAGAACGCACAGGUAAUAUCAACAGAUGGACAUGCAUACACGCAGGCGAUGACGACGAAGAUAGAUAUCCAUGGAGGCGGCCCAGACGAUUGUGGUGUUUUUGUCCGAGGCGAAGCAAGCGCCUCAACUCGUCCCCGCUUCCUGCUUGGCAGACAUGGCGCGGUAUAUGCCUCGCCAGGUUCCCUUGUAUGUCAUGCAUGCACUAGGAUACUGCAGGAAGCCCGCGACGGUCCCCAUGUGGACGCAGACACCCGCGAGGUUGCUCGGACGUUGGUCGAGUGGAUUGGAUCGCUGUUGAAGUGAAACCCCGUGGAAUAAGUAUUGAAUAGUGUCGGGGUGUGAUUGGUGGAAAUAAAAUCAAUAUGAGGGCACGAUCGGAUUGGCUAGAAUCCUC